UCGCUUUUUUUUUUUUUUUUUUUUUUUUUUUCUUCUUUUCCCCCCCAUCUCUGUUUUUCCCUUCUCGGUACUUUCUCCUUUUCUGCAACGUUUUUUGGACUAAGUUUUCUUCAGACCGUCUGGGCUUGGCUUUUUUUAAAUCUUUUUUUUUUUUUCGCUUUUAACUUUUGCAAAGGCUUUUUUUUUUUUUUUUUUAAUUUUUUUUUUCUGAGUGUUGUGUGUGGCAAAAAAAAAAAAAGAGAAAAGUUACUGUCGAGCCAAGUAAUUCAGGCGCUGUGCAGGGAGGAGCGGGGAGAAGAGAAGGAAAAAGUUGCCUUUGUUGCUAGCGAGCUUUUGGUGCCUGGAUGUGAGGCGGGCAGGCGGCUGCAGAGAGCGCCGGCAGCGCGGCUCCCGCCUCCUCCUCGCCCGGGCAGGCUCCGCUCGGCCCCGCCGCGCUCCCCGGCCGCGCUGCGCGGGGGCGGCUCCCGGCGGCCCCCUCCGCCCGUUGCCAUGGUGCCGCGGCCCGGCGUGCUGUGGGCAGUGGCGGCGGCGGCGCUGGCGCUGCUGGUCCGGCGGGCGGCGGCGGCGCUGGCGGGGCCGGUGGUCCGCUGCGAGCCGUGCGACGCGCGGGCGCUGCAGCAGUGCAAGCCCCUGCGGCCCGACUGCGCCGAGCGGGUGCGGGAGCCGGGCUGCGGCUGCUGCCUGACGUGCGCGCUGCGGCCGGGGCAGCCCUGCGGCAUCUACACGGAGCGCUGCGGCGCGGGGCUCAGCUGCCAGCCGCGGCGGGAGGAGGCGCGGCCGCUGCAGGCGCUGCUCGAGGGCCGCGGGCUCUGCACCAACGCCACGGCGGGCGGCAAGCUGCGGGCCCUGCUGCUGCCGGCGCCGCACGCUGCAGGAAAUUUCAGUGAUUCAGAAGAAGACAGGAGUACCAGCAGCGUAGAAAAUCAGGCAAUUCCGAACUCUCACAGGGUGCCAGAUUCCAAGUCUCAUCCACCACACAUCAAAAUAGAUAUCAUCAGGAAAGUGCAAGCCAAAGAUACACAACGCUAUAAAGUCGAAUAUGAUUCGCAGAGUACGGAUACAUUGAAUUUCUCUUCUGAAUCCAAACAAGAGACUGAAUAUGGUCCAUGUCGUAGAGAAAUGGAAGACACUUUAAACCACCUAAAGAUCCUGAAUGUCUUGAGUCCCAGGGGCUUUCAUAUUCCAAAUUGUGACAAGAAGGGAUUUUACAAGAAAAAGCAAUGUCGCCCAUCCAAAGGCCGAAAAAGAGGUUAUUGCUGGUGCGUGGAUAAAUAUGGACAGCCACUUCCUGGGUAUGAUGGGAAGGAAAAGGGAGAUGUCCACUGCUAUAACUUGGAAAGCAAAUGAGGGCUGGGUGCCAGCUCUUCUGGCAUCUGUGCAUGGCCACUGGACCUCACAGAGACCUUGGAGGGGCUGCGCAAACACUGUGGGACUGCACUGUGUGUGGAGAAACAAGCUCUGCCUCCUGCAGCAGAUGGGGAGCUCCAGCCCCUGUGGGUGCUGCUGUGGCUGCACCCUGCCACCGACACACAUGGAGCUUCCAUGGGAUGUGUGAGGAGCUCUGAAUUCCCAUGUAAACCUGCACUGUUCACACCCAGAGAGAAAAACAAAAGGCACUUCAGAAUGGAAUCAGGGAGUCUCCACUGACUUUUUAAAGAAUGGCCUGUGACCAAUUUGAUCCCAAAAGAUAAUGGGUUUUUUAUUUUAAAGAAUUUAUAGACAUUAAGCUUGUAAAAGUAUUACAAAGAAAAACAAAACCAAAAACCCACAAGGAUUUAAAGGUAAAGCUUUUUUUUACAGGUCUGAUGGGAAACUUGUCUUCACGGGUAAAAAGUUUUAUAGAAGUCUCAAAGAACUUUUUAAAAAAAUGUAUUUCUAAAAUAAAGACAUGGCUAUUUUUUUCUGUAAAAUAUAUUAUGAAUAUUCUCUUAGUCUGUAUUUAAUAUAAUUGUGUUUUUAAAUAAACUUUAUUUAAAUGUAACAUGUGAAUACCAAAUAUUACACAGUAAUUCUAGUGUAUACAUCUGUAUACAAAGAAAGAGUAAGGUUAUGGAAUGAUUUACAAAUAUGUAUAAAUCUGUAUGCAUAUACACUGACCUAUUCUAGGUAAGAGAAAUGAAUUUUUGGAGCAAAGGAAGUGUUUCCAGAAGGGAUUGAGUUUUAUUAUUUGAUAUAACUACAAAUACCAAGAUAAUAUUUUUUUUAAUUAUUUUAUUGAUAAUUCUAAUAUACCCAUCACUGAAUUAUGCCACUGGAAAGGAUAACAGUCGCACUGAAGCUCUUGGUAAAGCUUUCCUCUGUCUGUUCAUUGCUUCAGUUUGUGCAACAGGGCUUGCAUUUCCUCCACUUACUGCUCACACUAAUACAGAAUAUUCAUGGACAAAAAACUGCCAUUAGAGUACUACUCUUUGUAUUUGCUUAUUUAUUUUGAAAAGGUGUAUCUAUUCUGUGUUGUCUUGGUACAUUCUACCAAAGCACUUACUCUGUAUGAGGAACUCCUGUUGAAAACAAUGUCAACAAGACGGGGGGAUUGUGGACCUUGGGUGUUGAGACCCACACGUUUCAUUUAGUCGACACGCAACUGUUGCUUGCUUUGACUAUGGUAGAAAUCAUUUGCCAGCAUUUAAACAUAAAAAAGAACCAUUGGGUUUAAGCAGUUAAACUCACUGUCUGCCAUGGUGUUAUGUGUCUUUUUAAUUGGAAGAGAAGUGAUUUGGUUUUGUUGUGGUAUGUGAUGCUUUCACAUAAGGAAGGCUUUAUCAACUUUUUUUUUUUUUUUGAGGCUCAUUGUUUAAUGUACUUUGUGAAAAAUUCUGUAUGACAAUGAAAUAUGGAUAAGGAAAGGUGGCCUGUGAAAUGUAUCAUCUCUCUGGAAAAUAAUGCCAUAUUUUGUAUAUGUAUUUAUUUAUAUAUUUUAUAUAAAUAUUUUAUAUAUUUAUAUAAAUAUAUAUAUUCUUAUAUGUCUCACUAUAAAUGUUUGAUGUCACUGUAGAAAAAAGAAGCCAUCAGCACUGUAACUUCUUGAUGGGUUGGGAACUCCAUGAAGACUGAGGACAGUGGGUUUUUGGAUGCUGGGGCUGAGUAUUGUGUUGAUGGAGGAGGGACUGUGGUGGUGAGGAGCCCAUUCUUCUCCCACUGCAUGAAUUACAGCCAUCCCUGUUCCUGCCAGCAGUGGCAAAUGUCUAGAAACUCUGACAUGGAAGGAUUUCGAUAUACAGCUUGCUGGUUUAGGGGCAGCCUAUCACCAUAACUCAGAUGUUUAAAGCCUUACCUAGAAAUAUAUUAGCUGAACAGCACUAUGAGUGUUCUCCACAUCUUUCCAAUUUCUGUCUAAUGAAAUGAGUUCAUAUCAUCAUUAAAACUGAAAUUUUAUAAUCUCAUGGUAAGAAAAGAAUUGUACAUGAAGUGAUGCCUAUUCCAGGAUAAUACAGAUCUCCUGACACAUGGUUACACAAAGCUUUAUAUAUUUUUAUUGCUAAAGCAAAUCUAAUGCCUGCAAAGAUUUGUUGGCAGAAUAAUAAAUGCUGGGGUUUUUUGUUUUUGGGGUUUUUUUAGAGUUCUAAACGAGUACCAGAUCUUUUCAAAUAAUUUCAUAGAGAGAAGAAAGUUGUAAUAUGCCAGUAUUUGGGCAUUAAUCAUAGAUAAGAAAAGAAGAGUUGGAUUCAUUGAAGUGAGUUAUUAUGUUGCCUCUAUUUUUUUUUUUUUAAUGACUAUCUGGUGAGCCUUCUGAAAACAAAAAUCAGUUUCAUGUUGAAAGUAAUAGAUAGCUGCUUUGCAAGGCACAUUUUGCAAGUAUGUAAGAUGUUUUAACAGCCUGUGACAGGCUUUAUGAUUCAGGUAUUUUAUCAAGUAUUUUAAUUUUUCAUGUUUUCUUCCUACCAUUAAAAACAAAAGAAAUAUAGAAGAAGCUGGCUAGUAGAGGUCUUAAGUCAUAUAUUUUAUGAAAAAAACCCAAACUAACUACAUCUCAAGGAGUUAAACCUGAUUUAAGCAUACAGUCUGUCACAUGAAUAUUUAAGAAAUGGCAUUCAGUUCCUUUAUUAGUAUUAAUGGUCUUUAGUUAUGUAACAGAGAAAACAUACAACCAUAAGGGGAGAUAAAAAAGAUCUGUGUGUAAAUCAGUUUUGUUAUUUUUCUUCCAACAGACGUCUUUAAAACAGAAAUCGUGUUUAAAAAUUGCCCCAAAAAUAAAGUGUCAUCUGUAAUUUAAAGCUUCA